AGUAAACCAACUACAAUGGGAGCCGGAGGUGUUGCAACUCGGAUCUUGAAGAUUCAGCUACUAAUCCUGCUAAGCGGAGUUCUUCUCACUAUUCGAGCUGCACCAGCAGAGGUCACCGAAGAUGUAACCCAUCCGCCCCCAGCUCAGCUGCAGACCGAGUCUCGGUCCCGCAAGGACGAUGUCCUGGAAGUGGACGAAGACCUGGAUGGACGCAGUGCCUAUGUCAACAAUCAGUUUGUACCCAGCGAGCCAGUCGAGGUGCUGGACGACGAGCAAAACACGCCUCUCUACGAGAUCCUCCAGAAACAGAUGGAGCAGGUGCUGGCCUCCUCGGCUCCCAAUGAUCCCGUGUACGAGCAACGCGAGAAGCAGGAGCGCCGUGACCAGCAGCCGCCGCAUCAACCGCCUCUCUUCUCCGAUGGACAUCGCGAGGAUGGUGUUGGUGAGUUACAGGAGGACGACUACGCUGAUGAGGAGGAUCAGACGGAUCAGGGCUAUCCUGGUGAUCCAGAGAAGCCAGAUGCAGUGGCCGGUGGCCCUGAGGAGGAGCAGGAUCAGCUGGAAACGGGCUACCAGGCACCCCAGCUGAGUUCAUCAACCAGCACUACACGCAGACCGCACAGGCGUCGCACGACUGCCCAGCCCCGAACCACAAGACCCAGGACCACCGCCCAGCCCAAGGUCACGGCAAAGACCUCAAACCAGACCACCACCACGGAAUCACCGCCAUUCUCUAGCACCACCACUCCAAGGCCCAGGAUCAGUGGCCGGCCUCCUGCUGGAUUGCCUGCAGAUCCUCAAGUCUACCAGCACAAGCGCCGCAUCAUCUUCAAGACCAUCUCCACGGGCUCCCAGUUCAUUAACUCUCCCAUCGGUGACCUUAUGAUAAAGUUUUCCAUAGGAUUCGCCAAGCCAGCCACUCCAGCUGGGGCAGCCAGUUCACCCAGCUCAUCCAGUUCCUCCAGCGAAGCCCUGCGUGCCCUGUCCCAGAACCUGAUUCGGAAUCUAGAGCUACAGAAACUCAAGAGAUCCAAUAAAAUACAAAAAGAUUAAAGAAAUCUAAAAGCUAAAAAGGGAAAAA